GGCGGAAUCAGAUCAAUCUAUCGAUUUGCAAAGGGUGACAGAUCAGGUGGGGACCAUGAUCAUCUCGAGGGGAGGCGAUGUACUUUCGUCGAGUGGUGACUUAGACGGACCGAACAUACAGUCAACAAUGAUCGGUAUCUUACACGACACAGGCUGUGUACUCGACGGAGCGCCACUCAAGCGGGUUUGCUUGACCUAUGACACUUUUGAGUACGUCUUGACGCUGGGCGGCGAGAGGGGGGAUAUCUAUGUGGUCAAAAGGGCGUUAUAGAAUACCCAUGAGGUCGGAAGGACGGUAUAGCAUAUCUAUGAGUGGUCAAAAGGAUGUUAACGACCGUGUCAACCUCUGCCAACGAGUGAUGGGAGCUAGACUCGGAGCUUUGUAACUUAUCCAUAGCUAGAAGGCAACUACUACUGGUAUUAGGAUACCGCUGCAAUAAAUAUAGCCU